AAGCGGCGCGUGAUAUCCUUCCGCGGGAGUCGAGCAAGGCCCUUUCCCUCCCGACAACACAGAAUGAACAAGCGGCAUUGCUGCUUAAACCAUUUUUUUCCAGGUUCCGCGUUUGGAAAUAGCCCAUAUCCAGAGUAAACUAAUCGUCUGGGGGAUACUGGGCGUGUGUGUUUUUCUCACUGGCUUUCGUUGAUUUAUCCACGGUCUUGUUACUUUGGUUGAACACUGAAGAAAUAUAAUCCGGGGUUGAGUUGUGCGCGGCAAUCUCACUAGCUAGCGACUUCUGUGUAGAGUGGUUGGGACAGAAUGGAGCUGAUAACAAUCCUCGAAAAAACUGUCUCUCCAGAUCGAAAUGAACUGGAGGCGGCACAGAAGUUUCUGGAGCAGGCGGCAAUUGAGAAUUUGCCCACGUUCCUGGUGGAGCUCUCCAAGGUGCUCGCCAACCCUGGCAAUACCCAGGUGGCUCGCGUGGCCGCAGGGUUGCAGGUGAAGAACUCACUCACCUCCAAAGACCCGGACGUAAAGACACGCUACCAGCAGAGAUGGCUUGCCAUCGACGCCAACGCCCGGAGGGAGAUCAAGAACUUUGUUCUGCAGACCCUGGGCACGGAGACUUACCGGCCCAGCUCGGCCUCCCAGUGUGUGGCUGGCAUCGCCUGCGCAGAGAUCCCCGUCACCCAGUGGCCCGAGCUCAUUCCCCAGCUGGUGGCCAACGUGACGGACCCCAGCAGUACUGAGCACAUGAAGGAGUCCACCCUGGAGGCCAUUGGAUACAUCUGCCAGGACAUAGACCCUGAGCAGCUGCAGGACAACGCCAACCAGAUCCUGACAGCCAUCAUCCAGGGCAUGAGGAAGGAGGAGCCCAGCAACAACGUCAAGCUGGCUGCCACCAACGCGCUGCUCAACUCACUGGAGUUCACCAAAGCCAACUUCGACAAAGAGACGGAGAGGCACUUUAUCAUGCAGGUCGUCUGCGAGGCCACACAGUGCCCAGACACCAGAGUGAGUAUCGUACGAGUGGCUGCCUUACAGAACUUGGUGAAGAUAAUGUCUUUGUAUUAUCAGUACAUGGAAACGUACAUGGGUCCGGCACUGUUUGCGAUCACAAUAGAAGCCAUGAAAAGUGACAUUGAUGAGGUUGCCUUACAAGGAAUCGAGUUCUGGUCGAACGUGUGCGACGAGGAGAUGGAUUUGGCCAUUGAAGCGACCGAGGCAUCGGAGCAGGGCCGGCCCCCGGAGCACACCAGCAAGUUCUAUGCCAAAGGAGCCUUGCAAUACCUGGUGCCCAUCCUCACCCAGACACUCACCAAACAGGACGAGAACGACGACGAUGACGACUGGAACCCGUGCAAGGCGGCGGGCGUGUGCCUGAUGCUGCUGGCCACGUGCUGCGAGGAUGACGUGGUGCCUCACGUGCUGCCCUUCAUCAAGGAGCACAUCAAGCACCCCGACUGGCGCUACCGCGACGCCUCGGUCAUGGCCUUCGGCUCCAUCCUGGAGGGGCCCGAGCUCAACCAGCUCAAACCCCUCGUCAUUCAGGCAAUGCCCACGCUGAUUGAGCUGAUGAAGGACCCCAGCGUUGUGGUGAGGGACACCACAGCCUGGACAGUGGGCAGGAUCUGUGAGCUGCUGCCGGAGGCGGCCAUCAACGAGGUGUACCUGGCCCCUCUUCUGCAGUGCCUCAUCGAGGGCCUGGGGGCCGAGCCGCGCGUCGCAUCCAACGUCUGCUGGGCCUUCUCCAGCCUGGCGGAAGCCGCGUACGAAGCCACAGAUGCAGCGGAGGACCAGGAGGAGCCUGCCACGUACUGCCUCUCCUCCUCCUUCGAGCUCAUCGUCCAGAAACUAUUAGAAACCACAGACAGGCCGGACGGUCACCAGAACAACCUGCGUAGCGCGGCCUACGAGGCCCUGAUGGAGAUUGUGAAGAACAGCGCCAAGGACUGCUACCCAGCCGUGCAGAAGACCACCCUGGUCAUCAUGGAACGCCUGCAGCAGGUCCUGCAGAUGGAGUCUCACAUCCAGAGCACGUCGGACAGAAUUCAGUUCAACGACCUCCAGUCUCUACUGUGUGCCACCCUGCAGAAUGUGCUGAGGAAGGUGCAGCACCAGGAUGCGUUGCAGAUCUCAGACGUGGUGAUGGCCUCCCUGCUCAGAAUGUUCCAGAACACCGCCGGCUCCGGGGGCGUACAGGAGGAUGCGCUCAUGGCCGUCUCAACCUUGGUGGAAGUUUUGGGCGCUGACUUUCAGAAAUACAUGGAUGCCUUUAAACCCUUCCUGGGAAUUGGACUGAAGAAUUAUGCAGAAUAUCAAGUGUGUCUGGCCGCGGUGGGCCUGGUGUGUGACCUGUGCCGAGCCCUAAUGUCCAACAUCCUGCCUUACUGCGACGAGAUCAUGCAGCUCCUGCUGGAGAACCUGGGGAAUGAGAAUGUGCACCGGUCGGUGAAGCCCCAGAUCCUGUCAGCGUUCGGAGACAUUGCCCUGGCCAUCGGAGGAGAGUUCAAGAAGUACCUGGAGAUCGUCCUGGACACCCUGCAGCAGGCGUCGCAGGCACAAGUCGACAAGGUAGAACAGAUGGACACGCGCUGUACCACAUUGGCAUCCCUCUGUUUCAUUUGACCCUGACGCCUGUUCCUCUCGCUGCUCUGAGCUGUGGCAGCUGGGAUUUUAGGUGGUCACAGAGUAACACGGUCUAUUUCACCCAGUGUUCUUGAGGUAGCAGGGCUGCCAUUGUCUACAUUGGACUUUGCGGGACCCAACACGUGCACAUGGUGGCACACUGAAAAGUCUGAAAAUCAGCAAAUGCCACUUUUCCUAACACAUCCUUAAUCACCUCUUUGUCUGAAUUAUGGCAAUUUUGAGUGACUUGGUCAUCUGUCACCUGUCUUAAUUCUCAUGAUUGCGCUGAACAUGGUCUUCCUUGCAUUGUUCUGUCCUACCUGUAGCUGACGUGAUGCUGGUGCAGCCCAGAGUGGAGUUCAUCCUGUCCUUCAUCCAUCACAUCGCUGAAGACGAGGACCACUCUGACGGUGUGGUGGCAAACGCCGCCGGACUUAUAGGAGACCUGUGCACGGCCUUUGGGAAGGACGUGAUGAAGCUGGUGGAGCUGCGGCCCCUCAUCAACGACCUGCUGACGGAGGGCCGGAGGUCCAAGACCACCAAGACCAAGACGCUGGCCACCUGGGCCACCAAGGAGCUGCGCAAGCUCAAGAGCCAGGCCUGAUUUCAUGCUGGUUGGGGAUAAGAUGGACAACAAUGAAAACGCCCCACUGGAAUUUCUUCUGUCUUUUGCGUCGUGUCCGAGUUAAAGCAGAAGUGAAGCGUGCGCUGAGAUGAGUGUCUGAGAAUGUGUGAGUGAGAGCGAGAGUGAGCGAGGAUCGACGUCACACCACCUUCUGAGUACAAUUCCAGCAGUUGCCGGCAGACCAGCAGCGCCCCACCCCUGAACCCCCACCACCACUUCCUUAGGCCCCCCCCGCCACCUUCUUCUUCGGCCACCUGUGGACUGAUUCUGACUUGACAAGGACUCCACACAAAAACGUGGAUCGCUGUAGCCGGCUAGUUCUAGAACUCUUCUGAAAAAAAAAACUAAUAUUAGUCUACAACAGGAUCACCAGAGCAGAGAAAUUAAACUGCCAAAAUGUGGUUUCUUUUGAGGGAAAAUACAAACAAAACAUGAUACGAAAGAACGCAACUAUUUUGCUCUUUGACCGAUCUGUGGAAGAUUUACUUUUUCCCUUGUCAUUUUUGGGGGGUUUCCUUCAAGCACUAUAUGGUUGUGGACUUGGUCAAUUUUACGCAAACGUGAACUGAACCGGAAUCCGAAAAAUACAAACUUUUGGGGUGUUCGAAAUGCGCCUAAAGGAUCACUGCUGGAGUUGAAGGAAGAUGAAACGAGGGGGACGAGCAGGCGGUCUCCACCCCCCUCGUCUCCUACUUCUAGCCUCUCUGAUAUCCCCCAGCCUGCCCCUGCAAGGAGCCCCCACAGCGAUGCAGGGGUGGAGCUAGCUGACCAGCCUGGAUGAUGAAGUGUGUGUCUGUGAGGGAGGGUAUUCACUGUCUCUACACCCCCCUGGUUAUUUCAAAUAAAUAAUAAAGCUUGACGCAAAUUCAGUAAGAUAUAUUUCUGAUGCAGUUUGGGAGAGGGCAGUGGGGGCCCGGUAGAUUACUUAUUGGCAGCACUUGAGUGAAUUGGCAAGAAGGUGUUUAUUUCCUGCAAGAGAAUCACUGACAAAUGUUCACCGGUUCAAUUUUUCUUUUUUUUCAAUGGCAUCAGUAGUUUCUCUUCAUCUUCAGUGUGGGCUUCUAGAUAAACAGACCCUUUCUUGCCAGCCCUGUUAACAAGAAUUGGUGAGGAUUUAUGCGUUGAGUGCAUCAGGAUCAAUCAAGGCUAGGGGAACACUUCCAAAAUAACUACAUUUGACAUGUAACACUAUCUUCUUAGUGUUAAGAUGAGCAAGGAGUAGAAAACGAGUGCCAAAUUUAGACUACUCGUCAUAGGGUAAAAUACAACAAGCAAACACACUUGCCUAAAGCAUGCAGUUCAGAAAGAAAUCUAUUGAACUACAUGAUGAACGAGUGAAUUGGGCUUGUUUCAGUUCCCAUUUGUUGGUUUCUCGUUGCACUUAGUUGGAAAAGGGUCACUCACCAAGCUGUUAAUGAGAAUCGACUACGUUUGUACAAGGUUAUAUUUUUCCAUUGCUAUGAAAAGAAACAAUAAAAUGAUAUCAAACAUUC